CAUAUUGAAUUAGUCAUUUUUAUUACUCUUUUUAGUAAUUCUUACAAUUGGAAAUGAAAUCAUCAACUCAUCUUUAAUUUUGAAGUUCUGAAACUUUCUACAAUAAAAACAAAAACAUUAUUAUGGAUUUUGAAGGUUUAAUUAAAUUUGGUCUGAUUGCAGUAAUAAUUCAAGUUCUUCAGUUAUCUACAUUUGUUUCUGCUCAAUCUGUUUCUAAUUCCACAUGGUUAACACUCAAUGGAUUACCUCCAUUGGUAAUAGCAAGAGGUGGAUUUUCAGGGUUAUUUCCAGAUUCAAGUUUGAAUGCAUACCAAUUUGCAAGUGCAGUGAGUGUACCAGAUUUGGUAUUAUGGUGUGAUGUUCAGUUGACAAAAGAUGCUGUGGGAAUUUGCUUCCCUUCACUGGACUUGCAAAAUUCAUCUGUUAUUAAACAAGCUUUCCCAAAUGCUUCCAACACAUAUGCUGUUAAUGGUGUUUCAACCCAAGGAUAUUUCUCCAUUGAUUUUACUUUUCAGGAUUUAUCCAAUGUCCCUUUAACUCGAGGAAUUAUUUCUCGAAGUCCGAUUUUCGAUGGCAUGUUUCUCAUUCAGACUGUUGAAGAAGUGUUUACACAAACCCAAUCUGCUGGAUUCUGGUUAAAUGUUGAGCAUGAUGCUUUCUAUACUGAACACAAUAUGAGCAUGAGGAGCUUUAUCCUUAACAUAUCACAGAGCAUAAACAUUAGCCACAUUUCGUCACCUGAAGUUAACUUCUUGCGAGGACUUGCAACGCCAUUUGCAUCAACGAGCACAAAACUGGUUUUCCGCUUUCUUGACAUGGAUGUAACAGAGCCUUCAACCAACCUGACAUAUGGCUCCCUCUUGACAAAUCUUACUAUGAUAAAGACUUUUGCUUCCGGUAUCCUUGUCCCAAAGGGUUACAUAUGGCCUAUGGAUCCAACUUCAUACCUCUUACCUCAUACUUCUCUGGUGGCUGAUGCUCAUAGAGUUGGACUUGAAGUUUUUGCUGCAGAUUUCGCAAAUGACAAUCUUUUUGCUUACAAUUACAGUUACAACCCAGUUGAUGAGUAUCUUUCUUUUAUCGAUAAUGAUGAGUUCUCUGUGGAUGGUGUAUUGUCUGAUUUCCCAAUAACAUCAUCAGAAGCAAGAGAAUGCUUUGCCCAUCUUGGUACAAAUGCCUCAGCACAAGCUAAACCCUUGGUUAUAUCUCAUGAUGGAGCAAGCGGAGACUUCCCUGGCUGUACUGACAUGGCAUAUAAACAAGCUAUUAAAGAUGGUGCAGAUUAUAUUGAUUGCUCUGUUCAAAUGUCAAAGGAUGGGAUACCUUUCUGUCUAAGCUCUGCCAAUCUCCUGAAUAACACAGAAGCCACACAAUUCAGAAACCUUAUUUCGGUUGUUCCAGAAAUUCAGCCGGGUCCUGGAAUAUUUUCAUUCAGUCUAAACUGGGCUGAUAUUCAAGGCUUGACUCCUGUGGUUGAAAACCCUUACGGCGCAAGUUCAGGUUUGCUAAGAAACCCGAAAUUUAGGACUGCUGGAAAAAUUGUGUCUUUGGCUGAUUUCUUAGACCUAGCUAAAGAUUCAACUUCACUUGUUGGCGUGUCGAUCAAAAUAGAGAAUGCAGAAUACCUGGCAUUAAACCAAGGACUGAGUAUAACUGAUGCAGUUUUGGAUACUUUGGACAAAGCUGGUUAUAACAGCCCAACAGCAAAGAAGGUUAUGGUUCAAUCCACCAGCAGCUCUGUCCUCAAGGUGCUGAAAGGGGAGAACAACUACGAAUUAGUCUAUGAAGUCGAUGAGAUAGUUGAUGGGGUCCUCAAUGAUACCAUCACAGACAUCAAAACUUUUGCCAAUUCCGUGGUUGUCGAUAGAAAGUCCAUCAGUCCCUUUCCACUGGGGUUCUAUGAAAAUAUGACUGAUGUUGUAGCACAGUUUCAGUCAUUCAAGCUGCCCGUGUAUGUUCAGAUUCUCAGAAAUGAAUUUACAAGCAUCCCAUUUGACGCUUUCUCGGAUCCAAUCGUGGAGAUCAAUACUUUGGUCAAUGCAGCUAAUGUUGAUGGUGUCAUAACAGACUUCCCCCGAACAGCUGUUGCAUACAGGAAGAAUCUAUGUCUGAAGAUGACCGACACUCCACCUUACAUGAGCCCAGCUCAGCCUGGUGCACUCUUGACAGGUCUUGGACCAGGAGCAACACCUCCAACAGCAGCUCCUGGUCCGAUUCUAACACGUGAAAACGUGACAGAACCCCCUCUUUCUGCUGUGGUGCGACAAAAUGCUUCGGCCCCGACAGCAGAAGCUCCAACAACUCCAAAUGGUCAACAUAAAACUACCGUAUCUGCCUUGGUCUCUCUUUCGGCUUUCAUUGUGGCAGUUGCUCUUCUCUUUUGUUAGUUUUUUGUAUUAUUGAAAGACAAUUCUUGGUACAUAUUUGAUUCUUUUACGUCCAUAUAUAUCGAUAACGAUAACAACAACAAUGUCAGAGCCUUUAAUUUCUUUAUUCCUUAUCUUAUGUGUGUUGGACA